AUGCUUGAAGUUGGGAAAUGGCACGACCGUUUCCCUGGAGAAACCAGAGCCCAACUGGACCUGUCCCGGCUGAUUUCCUUCUACGACUCGGAGCUCUUCCCAAGUCUCCGGAAUUCGCAACUGGGAAAAGAGCGUUGGGAGCACCGAGUGGGAAAUGUUACCAAAGCGGAGAGGGAGGCGUUAAUGGAGAGGAUAGAUGAGGUUCUGCAGGAUUUGGACGUUGCGGAUAAGGGGAGUGGGGUCGAUUGGAUCAGCAACUUUAGGGUGGUCAUCCAUCGCUAUGCUGAAAGGUUGGAGGUUUUGCAGUACAUGCUCAACUCGACCGACUCUUCGACGACACAAACGACAAAGAUGACCUUGAAGGAUGUCCACGAUUAUGUGUCGAGCAUGCAUGCCACGUACAUCUUGAACGGAGUCCGACCUUCGAGUGGUGCCACUGGCUUGACGUGGGCGACGCCGGUUUUCAAGGCGUGCGCGGAAACUCAUACCAAGGGAAUACCGGUAUCGAGGCUGACCUCGUCGGAGAAGGUUCUCGUCAAGGCAGUCAGCGAGGUUCUUUACGAGAUUUGUCGGGUUACAGUCGGAAUCUGGGCCGAGGGGGUUGACAUGGGUUUGGAUCGGGACGAGGCGUCUAGUCACCCGCUUCAAAGAGUUUCAGAGAAGUGGAAAGAGAGUCUGGAUAGUCUGAUGGUCUGGUUGGACUGGAGCGUGUGGGCGAAAUGUCGCCCUGCUUGUCACUUUGAGGUAUGUCUUUCAACAUAG